CGGCAAAGCUUCAUUGUUUAAGCAACGAAUCAAAACUAGGAGAUGACUCAAAUUGGCUUCAGCUCAUGUUUCUAAUUGCGCGAAAGGUGAUGCUCAUGGCUUUGUCUCGAUUAAAAACUUAGAGAGAGAGAGAGACGCGAAGAAGGUGGACCGACCCCAAAGAACACCUCUCAUGGGGGAUGGGACCUACAUGAUCACAGCUGAGCUGGGACGCCAUGGGAGAGAGACUCAUGCAAUCACUCCUCAAUGGGAAAGAUUAUAUAACGUUUUGCUUCCCCCCUUCCGCUCUCGUGCGACCAACGGAAACCGACACCGCUCCUCCCGUUAGCCGAAUUCUUUUACCCGCUUGUUUCUUUGACUUCUCUCUCUCUCCGUCUCUGUCUCUCUGUCUCUCCCUCUCUCUCGUCUGAAGUUUCUAGAGAGAGAAAGGAGGGCUGUAAUGAGAAUUGAGAAGGUGGGUGGUGAGAGGGAGAUGGCAAGGCUGCAGUUGGGGUACAAGGAAGGGGAGGAAAUGGAUGUUGGUGAUGGUGGUUGUGGUGAAAUGAAAGAAUUGAAAGAAGUUGGAGAGGGGAAGUUGGUGCCUCCCCUGAAUUUUGCCAUGGUCGACUAUGGUGUCUUUCGUUCUGGCUUUCCUGACACUGCAAAUUUCAGCUUUCUUGAGACUCUAGGCCUUCGUUCCAUUCUGUACCUAUGUCCAGAGCCUUAUCCGGAGGCUAAUGCGGCUUUCCUGAAAGCCCAUGGAAUUCGUCUGUUCCAGUUUGGGAUUGAUGGUACCAAGGAGCCUUUUGUGAACAUCCCAGAAGAUACAGUCCGUGAAGCACUGAAAGUUGUUCUUGAUGUUAGGAAUCACCCCAUUUUAAUUCACUGCAAAAGGGGCAAGCAUCGCACAGGUUGUGUUGUUGGCUGUUUGAGGAAACUGCAGAGGUGGUGUUUGUCAUCAAUCUUUGAUGAAUAUCAACGCUUUGCUGCUGCCAAAGCUCGUGUAUCAGAUCAGAUGUUUAUGGAGUUGUUUGACGUCUCGAGCUUAAAAAGCUUCCCUCCCUUUGCAUCCCAUAAGAGAUCGUUGAGGAGGGGCAGCAGCUGGAAGGUUGAGAUGAUGUGCAACCGAUACGGCGUCUUCGCGGCGCUUGCAUUGGACGCCAAGUUGAUGUGGUCUGACAGUAAUUCGAAGAUAGUAGUGAAGCACCUCUCCGAAGCCAAAGUUAACCAACUGGACUGGAUUGGUUUGAUCGCGAAAGUUAGGGCCUCCCAUGGCUGGAGCAUCUCGUUUAGCUUCAGGAUAGGCCACCGUGUAGCUAUUGUAAUAACGAAAUUGUCGCCGGGAAUUGCGCGUACCAAAGCUCUAAGGUGGUAGCUAGAUCGAGCGUCUCCUCGGCAUGAACGGCGUUCUUGAUUGUUAACUGUGUCCAGAUCGUUGCUAAUCUGGACUACUUUUCUUUUUCGUCUGAAUCCUUGAUCUCCAGUGAGUGACUUCCAAGUUUUACCCGGAAUGACAAUCUGACAUUGAUCCAUGGCCCAGAAUCUAAGCGGAGAGAUGAUCAUUGUAUUAUCCCCUUGCUUAUAUUAAGAUCUUUGUAAGAGAUUAUCAUUUGC